CAUAUCUUAUCCGUCCAAGCAAACCUAAUAGAUGGAGUUAAGUGAGAUAACCCGUUAAUUUAAGACAUAAUGCAACGCCUUUUAAAUACUGUAUGUUAAAGUUCUUCCGUGUGAGAUGUAUCUCUUAUUUUACUCUGUCGGAAUUUUGUUUUUAACUUUAUUUGUGGGGUUACUUCGCGUAUAAACCAGUCUGCACGCUUGUUGUGGAUUGUCCCCCCAAAAAAUGUCUCUUCCAGCUUUGCAAAACACCGGCGUCAUUUACAGGAGGAUCCUGUCACAGUUUCCUCAAGACAUUAGCUUAGCUUUUGCAUACGGAUCUGGUGUUUUUAAACAGCAUGGGGCCAGCCAAGGUCAAAUGGAGAAAAACAUGUUGGACUUUGUGUUUGCGGUGGACGACCCAGUGACAUGGCACACUAUGAAUUUGCUUCAGAAUCGCAGACACUACUCCAUCCUGAAAAUACUGGGGCCCACCAAAAUCAGCUCCAUACAAAAUGACUAUGGAGCUUCUGUUUACUACAACACACUCGUGCCUAUUGAUGGAAGGAUAAUUAAAUAUGGAGUGAUUAGUACGGACUCAUUGAUUGACGACCUCAUGCACUGGAAGACCAUGUAUGUUGCUGGACGUCUUCACAAGCCGGUGAAAAUGUUGGUACAGAACGAGAACGGGAAGCUCCGUGCUGCUCUGGUAUCCAACCUGAAGAGCGCGGUUAUGGCCUCUUUCCUUAUGCUGCCAGAAAGCUUCACAGAGGAAGAACUUUUUCUGCAGAUCGCUGGACUUUCUUAUGCUGGAGAUUUUCGGAUGAAGAUCGGAGAGGACAAAUCCAAAGUGUCCAAUAUCGUCAAGGACAACAUUCAUCAUUUUAGGAUUCUUUACAGCAACAUCCUCCGGGACUGCCCUCAGGUGGUCUACAAACCUCCACAAGGAAGACUUGAGGUUGACAAAAGUCCUGAAGGCCAAUUCAUCCAGCUGAUGGCCCUGCCCAGAACUCUUCAGCAGAGGAUCACAAAGCUGGUUGACCUUCCAGGGAAAAACCGUGACGUGGAGGAGAUCCUGCUGCAGGUGGCUCAGGACCCCGACUGUGGAGCUGUGGUGCAUCAAGGUAUCUCAUCGAUUGUUAAGUCCUCCAGCAUAACACAGAGUAUCAAAGGCAUUGCUACAGCUGGUUUACGGAAGACCGUCUCCUAUAGCUCCAAAAAACUGAUGAAGAUGUGGAAGAGUUGGAGGAGGAAGCAGUCAGUCUCACAGAUCUCCUGAUGCAGAUUGCUAGGAAUUUUUCACUUCUUAGUUAUAGAUAAAUAAUCCGGGCUAUGUCUUGUACCACUUUGUGUGUAUGGUGUGGAAGUCUCUCUGCACUUGUUCCGUCCCAUUAAACCUCCGAUGGCUGCAGAAGAAACCAUUACAUUUCCAGAACCAGACUGAAAAUAGGUUUCAUAGUUGCACAUACAGCCGUCGGAUACUGCUGAGAGGGUCAAAGGAAAACUCUGCUGAUAAAAAGGUCACUGAACCUGUGUGAACAUUUACCUCAAUAAGUUUGGUUUCAGUUAAGUAUCACAUUUAUGUGUUUUUUUUUCUAUUGAUUGUGAGUCUUGCUUUGGGUUUCAUCCCUGGCAAUCACUUUGCCAAAGAUUGGUUGAAUUUGUAUAUCUUUCCUUGUGUCUUUAUUCAUACACUGCAGUUUUCUGAUGGGAAGCUGCCUCAACUGUCUUUACUCUGUAACUCUGGAAUGAUGCAGUAAAAACAAUUUAGAAAAAAAACUGUUUUUAAAACACAGCAACAAGUCAGCUGCUUUGCAAAACUAAGUUCAGUAAAACUGAAGGUCCUGAAUUAAGAAAGAAGAAUUUUGACCAGACAUAAAUAUCUCCAUUCAGCCUCUUCAUUGCAUUUUAACAUAGUGUUUCUACCCUUUUGUAAAAUGCUUUGGUUACCAUUAAUGUAGACUUAACUCUAGUUGCUCAACAUAUGGUACUCAACACAAAGAUACUGAGAUUUCAUUGUUCUAUUGAAAUCAGAUUACACAAACAUGCAUUUUUUAUUAAUCAUUUUUGUUAUGCUGUGAUUUUUCAAAAAAUAAAAUCAUGUUUAAUUUGUUUCAUAACAGUUUUUAGUGAAGUGCAGUGGGAGGUAGGAGACUAUUUUGUACUUCAAUGGGCUCAGGCAUAAUUGGUUAACACAUUCAUGGGGAAAAAGAAAGUACAUCCUGUUCUAAGGUCAAGUAUCAGAACAAAAUAAAAGCUAUCUGCUCCUUGCCAAGUUUUAGGAUUAUUUAAAGCUGACCUCAAAGACAUGACAGAUAUGACAGAUAUGACUUUGAGCCAUUGAUUUUUUUUUCUGACAUUCAUUCAAAAACUGCUUAUGUAUUCUAGAAUAUAAUUCAAUAUGCAAUAUAAUUAUCUAUGCAAGUCUUAAUCUUUAAUUCCAGUGAAAAAAAUGUAAACUUUUUUGCCUAACUGUUUUGUUCAAUGACUGGCUUCUGCGGUUUACAUCAUGAACAGAUGAUCUACAAAAGACAGUAGGAAAAGUCUGAAAUGCCACAACAACAAAUGGGAACUUCCUAUCCACUGGUAACUACAUUUAAAGCAGUGUUCAGCAGAAUGAAUGUAAUGAAAACACUCAAGAAAAUGAAACAAAAUAGAAAACAGUGCUGUGACAUUGUGAUACAGCUCAGUGAGUCUUCUGGUUCAACCACUUGUGUUUGUUUUGUCCACCUAACAGCAUUACAUCAUGAGUCACACUUUACUAAUCGACACCUGAGUCAUCCAGCAGCACUGGAAACUCCUUUUUCUUUUCUCUUUAACUGUUUGUAAUCCACCAGCUCUUACUGUAUGUUUCUUGGAUGUAUGU